GAGCCAGACGCGCGCGCGCACACACAGACGCACCGACCAACCAGACGUGCGCACGGCGGUCCGAGGCGCGGGUCCCUCACGGACGAACUGAAAAAUCUUCUGAAAAUGAUGCUUAGCUGAGUGAAUAGGGAGCGUUACAAUCGAUGGCGUGGCUUUGAAUUCGUCUGAAAUUUAUCUGUGGACACGGAGGAGCGCGCGAGGGAGGGAGGCGGGAGAGAGAGGUGGGAGAAAGAGAUCAGUCUUUCUGCGAUGGAACUUACAAUGGAAAACAUAGGGAACCUGCACGGCGUGUCUCAUUCUCAUCAGACGGGCGACUUGAUGAGCUCUCCUCACGCGCGGCAGUCCUCGGCGUCGCAUCGGAACCUGGUGUCUCACGGGCGCUCGGCGAUGGUGUCCAGUAUGGCCUCGAUCCUGGAGGGAGCCGGGGAGUACCGGGCAGAGCACGCUUUGUCGGCGCCCCUGCAUCCAGCGAUGACCAUGUCCUGCGACUCCGGGAUGAGCUUGAGCAGCACUUACACCACGCUCACCCCGCUCCAGCACCUGCCCCCCAUCUCCACCGUGUCGGACAAGUUUCACCACCACCCGCACCCGCAUCACCACCCCGCACACCAGCGACUCGCCGCCGGGAACGUCAGCGGCAGCUUCACCCUCAUGCGGGACGACAGGAGCCUGGCGUCGAUGAGCAACCUAUACAGUCACUACCCCAAAGACAUGUCCGGCAUGGGGCAGCCAUUGUCCCCGCUCUCUAACGGACUCGGCUCCUUGCAUAACUCCCAGCAAGCGAUUUCCGCGUAUGGUCCCAGCGCCCACCUCCCGAACGAUAAAAUGAUCUCACCGGGUGGGUUCGAAUCCCACGCAGCGAUGCUGACCCGGAGCGAAGACCCCCUGGCUCGAAGUCUGGGGGCGCACGGGGCUGGCAUGAUGACGACCCUCAACGGUAUGCACCACCACGGCCACCCCCACUCUCAGGCCAACGGGUCCAUGCUUUCUGAGCGCGAGAGGCCGACGGCUGUGGGUGGACAGGGCGCGGGGUCGGGGCAGGUGGAGGAAAUAAACACCAAGGAGGUGGCGCAGAGAAUAAUGGCGGAGCUGAAGCGCUACAGCAUCCCCCAGGCCAUAUUCGCCCAGCGGAUCUUGUGUCGCUCACAAGGCACCUUGUCCGACCUGCUGAGGAACCCUAAACCGUGGAGUAAACUCAAGUCGGGCCGGGAGACCUUCAGGAGGAUGUGGAAGUGGCUGCAGGAGCCCGAGUUCCAGAGGAUGUCCGCGCUCAGACUGGCAGCCUGCAAGCGGAAGGAGCAGGAGCAGCACAAGGACCGCAACAUGGCACCCAAGAAGCAACGGCUGGUCUUCACCGACCUGCAGCGCCGCACGCUCAUCGCCAUUUUCAAGGAGAACAAGCGGCCUUCGAAAGAGAUGCAGAUCACCAUCUCGCAGCAGCUCGGCCUGGAGCUCAACACCGUCAGCAACUUCUUCAUGAAUGCCCGUCGACGCUGCGUGGACCGCUGGCACGAUGAGCACGGCACGAGCCCCGCCCAGCCGAGCACCUCGGCCACUACCUUCUCUAAGGCCUGA